GUCAGACUCAGAGUGCAAGCCUGUGGUCGUUUCCUGGAACCAGUGCACACUAGUGUAGACACCAAACUCAAAAAAAGUAACUCGUGUUGAACAUCUGACUCUUUUUCAUUUAACACUGAAUUGUUUCUUUACAAGAAAAGGAUGUUGUCGCCACAUGGUCAGUGAAUCUUUAGCCUGCAGGCACCAUGAAAGUGACUCACCUUUUACUCUUGUUGUUGAGCGUCUGCCGGACGUCUGCCAGCACUCGUGCCUCUUUGAUGGUCACUCCCAGCUGGUCUCAGUAUUUUGAGUAUGAGACAGUCACUGUGAGCUGUGACAGCACCAGCUCUGGUGAAUGGACGGUGUGGAGAUACACGGCAGGGAAUCAAACGUUGAUGCCGUGUGGAUCGGACGGAAGCAGUCAGACUCCAUCCUGCAUAAUGACCGUCAAACAGGUCGACAGUGGAGUGUACUGGUGUGAAUCUAAACACAGAGACAGCAGCAACACAGUCAACAUCACCGUCACAAGUGGACCAGUGAUCCUGCAGAGUCCUGUCCUCCCUGUGAAGGAGGGAGAUGAUGUCACUCUGCACUGUAAAACAAAGACCACUUCAUACAACCUCCCAGCUAGUUUCUAUAAAGAUGGCUCCCGUAUUAGGACGUAUCCUACAGGUCACAUGACCAUCCACAAUUUUUCCAAGUCUGAUGAAGGUGCCUACAAAUGUAACAUCCACAGUCAAGAGUCUCCAUCUAGCUGGCUGCUGAUCAAAGAUGAUUCUAACCUGGCCUCUCUCACAGUGUUUGGCGACACGUCUCAGCUGUUUGAAUAUGAGAAUUUGAAUGUGAGCUGUGGCGACAACAGCAGCGUUCAUGAAUGGAAGGUCAUGAGGAACACAACUCCUGAAGGUGGCAGGUUUUCCAGCUGUGGAGGUCUAUGGGGGACUCUGACCCACUUUGGCUGCAUCCUCUAUACAGCCAAGCCCCUUGACAGCGCUAUUUACUGGUGUGAGUCUCCUGCAAGACAGCGGAGCAACUCUGUCAACAUCACUAUACAUGAUGGACCAGUGAUCCUGCAGAGUCCUGUCCUCCCUGUGAUGGUGGGAGAUAAUGUCACUCUGCACUGUAAAACAAAGACCCCUACCGCCAACAUCAAAGUUUUCUAUAAAGAUGGCUCCCUCAUCAGGACUGAGCCUACAGGUCACAUGACCAUCCACCAUGUUAACAAGUCUGAUGAAGGCCUCUACAAGUGUAACAUCAGCGGUCAUGGAGAGUCUCCACCCAGCUGGCUGUUUGUCAGAGAUCGCGAUGGAAAAGCUUCAUAUACUGCAGAUCCAACCCAGACAACUGUGCUGAACGCGAUCCGCCACCUGGUGGUCUUCUCACCAUACUGCGUAGCCACUGUUCUCAUGUUGUCUUUAUAUCGACAAAGGCUCACAGGAAGACACCCUCCUGUUUCCACGAGAACAGCUCCACUCAGAGAAGAUGGCGAGGGAUUGGACCAACCGUUUGAUGGUGUCAUUGCUGAUGUCACCACCGAGCAUCAUUUCUAAACUAAAUAAAAUUACAACUCUGUGUCUCAUUUUUCAAUAAAGUAAAAACAAAAUCAGCUGUCAGUUAGAAAA